AUGAUGUACGGAAGAGGGACGGGACGUGACGUAACGUGGAAUGCCGAGAAACGUUUAAAAGCAAUGACGGUAUUGAGGCCUGCUCUUUCUAAUUUGUCUUAUUCGUCUGUUAUUUUUUCCGUUAUUCCGGGUGCUUUUCGUCCUUUCAUUUCAACUACCCAGUCCACCCAUGUACACCCUAUGAGGCAAAAAUUUACUAUUGUGAAACUUGCUGGUAUUGAUGUUGUCUAUUGUACAAAAAGUAAAAAACCGAUUUGUGUUUAUGAGUCAUUGUUUAAUAUCAUAAAAGAAUGUCAUGACGCCGUCUCACAUGAAGGAAGAGAUAAAACUUUAACAGAAGUAAAUUCACAUUAUUCAUGGGUGCCAAAGAUUGUUAUUGAAAUUUAUCUCAAAACGUGUGUAGCAUGUCAAGUACGAAAACCAUUGAAACAUCCAGCUGUAUCGAAACCAAUCAUAUCUUUGGGUGUAAUGACAAGAUUGCAAAUUGACUUAAUAGAUGUGCUUACCAGACCCGAUAUUGUAAGUAGGGAUAUUGUAUAUUCUUGGAUUCUUCAUUGUAUCGAUCAUUUUUCGAAAUUUACAUUUGCUUAUUCGCUGAAAAAUAAAUUAGCGGUUGAGGUUGCGUCGAAACUUCGUAAAUUGUGUUUUAGUUUUGGUCCACCACAUUUAUUAUACUCGGAUAACGGUGCAGAAUUUGUUGCUCCAGUGAUUGUUGAACUCACAACACUUUUUCCAGAUAUGUGUUUUAUUCGAGGGAGACCACGACAUCCACAAUCACAAGGUUGUAUAGAACGUGCUAAUGGUGUUUUAAGUGUUGCUUUAGGAAAAUGGCUUGAUACAAACCAUUCAACUCAUUGA